UUAUCAAUGGCGGAUCUGAAAUCAACCUUCCUCGACGUUUACUCUAUUCUCAAGUCUGAUCUGCUUCAAGAUCCUUCCUUUGAAUUCACCCACGAGUCUCGUCAAUGGCUUGAACGGAUGCUUGACUACAAUGUACGCGGCGGGAAGCUUAAUCGUGGUCUCUCUGUUGUUGAUAGCUACAAGCUCUUGAAGCAAGGCCAAGACUUGACGGAGAAAGAGACUUUCCUCUCGUGUGCUCUCGGGUGGUGCAUUGAAUGGCUUCAAGCUUAUUUUCUUGUGCUUGAUGACAUCAUGGACAACUCUGUCACACGCCGUGGCCAGCCUUGUUGGUUUAGAAAGCCAAAGGUUGGUAUGAUUGCCAUUAACGAUGGGAUUCUACUUCGCAAUCAUAUCCACAGGAUUCUCAAAAAGCAUUUCAGGGAAAUGCCUUACUAUGUUGACCUUGUUGAUUUGUUUAAUGAGGUAGAGUUUCAAACAGCUUGUGGCCAAAUGAUUGAUUUGAUCACCACCUUUGAUGGAGAAAAAGAUUUGUCUAAGUACUCCUUGCAAAUCCAUCGGCGUAUUGUCCAGUACAAAACAGCUUAUUACUCAUUUUAUCUUCCUGUUGCUUGUGCAUUGCUUAUGGCUGGAGAAAAUUUGGAAAACCAUACUGAUGUGAAGAAUGUUCUUGUUGACAUGGGAAUUUACUUUCAAGUACAGGAUGAUUAUCUGGAUUGUUUUGCUGAUCCCGAGACACUUGGCAAGAUAGGGACAGACAUAGAAGAUUUCAAAUGCUCCUGGUUGGUGGUUAAGGCAUUGGAACGCUGCAAUGAAGAACAAACUAAGAUAUUAUACGAGAACUAUGGUAAAGCCGAACCAUCAAACGUUGCUAAGGUGAAAGCUCUCUACAAAGAGCUUGAUCUCGAGGGAGCGUUCAUGGAAUAUGAGAAGGAAAGCUAUGAGAAGCUGACAAAGUUGAUCGAAGCUCACCAGAGUAAAGCAAUUCAAGCAGUGCUAAAAUCUUUCUUGGCUAAGAUCUACAAGAGGCAGAAGUAGAGACAUACUCUGGCCUCUCCCCGUUUAAUUCUUCUGACAUUUAUGUAUUGUUUCAUGAUCUCUUUUGCUCUUUGAUCGUUUUGUUCACUUCCAAAAAUUUGAAUUUGAGAUUCUUGUUGAUGCUUUAUAGUAUAAAGACUAAUAAAAUGUUUCUUUAAAAUUUUCAACAAAAA